AUGGAAGUGGAUAAUGCGCCUGUGGCAUCUGACGACGUUAUAAAAACGUUCGUUGAUGAGGUGGAGCAUACUGCGCGUCAAGCUCGCGUUGCUGCUCAUAGCCAUGUGAAAGGACUUGGACUUGAUCCUUCUACUGGAGAAGCACUACCCAAUGCUGGAGGUCUCGUGGGUCAAUCCCUUGCUCGUACAUCUGCUGGAGUCAUAGUUGAUCUUGUUAAAGCCAAAAAUAUGGCUGGAAGAGCUGUACUUUUUGCAGGACCUCCAGGAACUGGUAAAACAGCCAUUGCUUUGGCCAUGGCUCAGGAGCUUGGUGAUAAAGUUCCUUUCUGUCCCAUUGUGGCGUCGGAAGUAUAUUCUAGCGAAGUAAAGAAGACUGAAGUGCUUAUGGAAAACUUCAGAAGAGCGAUAGGUGGGUUGCGCGUAAAAGAGAAAAAAGAAGUCUACGAAGGUGAAGUGACUGAGCUCACCCCUGUCGAGACCGCAAAUCCUCUUGGCGGAUUUGGAAAAACUAUAUCGCAUGUGGUAGUCUCAUUGAAAACUGCUAAAGGAAGCAAACAGUUGAAACUUGAUCCCAGUAUUUAUGACACUAUUCUCAAGCAGAGAAUCGAGAUCGGGGACGUGAUUUACAUUGAAGCCAACAGUGGCGCAGUAAAGCGGUUGGGACGCUGUGAUGUAUACGCCUCAGAGUUCGAUCUCGAAGCUGAUGAGUUUGUUCCUUUGCCGAAAGGUGAUGUGCACAAGACCAAGGAGUUAGUACAGAGGCAUCCUGAAAUAACCCUAGUUCUUGAUGGCUCACAACUAAUUAAGGACGUCACUCUGCAUGAUCUUGAUAUGGCAAACGCUCGUCCUCAAGGGCAACAGGGCAGCCUCAGUCUUAUGUUUAACCAGCUGUUCAAGCCAAAGAAGACUGAAAUCACAGCAGAACUGAUGCCGGGUGUGCUAUUCAUCGACGAGGUGCAUAUGUUAGACAUUGAAUGUUUCACUUACCUCCAUCGAGCGCUUGAGAGCACAAUUAGUCCAGUAGUAAUUUUUGCGACAAAUAGAGGUAUUAGCAAGGUGAGGGGAUCUGGUGAGUUAUCUCCCCACGGAAUUCCACGGGACUUACUUGAUCGACUACUAAUCAUUCCUACAGUCGAGUAUUCUGUGGAAGAACUCAAAAAGGUAGAGAAGUUUACAAGUGUUUCCUCUCCCCAUGCUGCAUGGUUUUUCCUAAUUCAAAGUUUCAUUUUUUCGUUGAAGGAAGGAUACUUGAUUGAACAGGCGAUUUAAAA